CCUGCAGUGUGCCUUUUUUUUCUUCUGCAAAACCUCUUGCCUACUGAUCUUAAUUCUUGACACAUAGCUUCACGUACAGAAACACAAUUACUUUACUUUUGCCACUCAAUUCAAGGCCUACUGCAAGAAAACGACAUGGAUACCCCCCAAGCUCUGUGGCGUGUACGCCUAGGCUCUGCGUUCCGGACUGUGCUAGCCUGCACAAUAGUGGGUUGCACCACCCUCUACGGGCCAGAACCUGUCCGGCAUUUCUUAACAUAUCCCGCCUUUUCCUACGUGACAACUAUCUUAAUUGUCUCUGAUGCUACACUUGGUGAUGCCCUGAGGGGUUGCUGGCAUGUUUUAUAUGCAAGCAUUCAAGCACUGCUCCCUUCUAUGCUCAGCCUCUGGUUGAUCGGACCAGCCAGGUUCAGCCGUGGACUAGCUGCUAUGGCUGUUGGACUUAGUUCUUUCGCCAUUGCGUUGCCUGAUUCCACACAUUUGAUGGCUAAGAGGAUUGCCUUUGGGCAGACUGUGAUUGUUUAUGUAGGUGCAAUCAUUCAAGGAGCAGAAACUGGAGUCUUAAUGCACCCAAUUCAUGUGGCGUCGAGCACAGCUCUUGGCGCCUUGGCUUCUGUUCUAGCAAUGUUGUUUCCAUACCCUCACCUAGCCUGCCUCGAGGCAAGUUCUGCUUUCCGGACUGUGCUAGCCUGCACCAUAGUGGGUUGCACCACUCCCCACGGGCCAGAACCUGUCCGGCGUUUCUUAACAUAUCCCGCCUUUUCCUACGUGACAACUAUCUUAAUUGUCUCGGAUGCUACACUUGGUGAUGCCCUGAGAGGUUGCUGGCAUGUUUUAUAUGCCACCAUUCAAGUCCUGCUCCCUUCUAUGCUCAGCCUCUGGUUGAUUGGGCCAGCCAGGUUCAGCCGUGGACUAGCUGCUAUGGCUGUUACACUUAGUUCUUUCGCCAUUGCGUUGCCUGAUUCGACACAUUUGAUGGCGAAGAGGAUUGCCUUUGGGCAGACUGUGAUUGUUUAUGUAGGUGCAGUCAUUCAAGGAGUAGAAACUGGAGAGUCAUCUAUGGGGAGUGAAUGCCCCUGGAUAAUACUUGAUGUUGCCUUUGAAUAUUCAAUCUCCACUGGCCAGUCGACCAUACUCCAAAUUAAGCCUCUCGAUACCUGUGAUGUAGCCAACAUGGGCCUUUCAGAACUGGGAUUUGGGUUUACGGGGUUACAGCAAGUCUUUUGGUUCAAUCAGGUCGUGGCCAAGCUAUUUGCUAAUAUUAUGCCUGUACAGGUCAGAAAGACAUGCAGAUCUUAUGCAGAAAAUGCUUCAAACAGGCUAAAUCUCUUAGUGGAAGCUUUCUUUGCACGAGACAACGUCGCAGCACUUGAUUUAAUCACAGAAGCAAGGUUAUUUUCUAAAACAGGAGCCAAGCUUCUUCGAAAUAUCAAAGGCAAACAAGAAGGCAUGCUUUGGGAGAAACCUCUGUUCAGAUUCUUCAAACCUCAGCCCUCGGACCCUGGAGAGAAAUUACAAGAGAUGGAAAUGCCAAUUCGAGGGAUGGAACUGGCCUUAUCCACUUGCACCUCCUUCCCCGUCAGAAUGUUGGAUGAAGAGCUCCAAGGUGUUCUACAAAUUUCAAAGAAAAAGAUAGUUCUAAAACUUGAACAAGCCAAGUGUUCCGUGCCUUUCGAUGCAGCAACAGCUCCGAAGACGAAAGGAGAAUACACGGACAGGUCCUCCUGGACCCAGAAAGCCAUUUCAACAUCCCACGAAGAUCUGUCACCCUUCUUCUUCUUGUACUGUAUGGAACUUCUUCAGGAUGGUCCUGAGUGCAUUGUAGAGAAUGAGGAAGGUAAAAGUAAAAUACAAGAAUCAAGUCAGCCAAAGAAGCAAGGAAAAAAUAGAGUGGAACUGAUCUGGUGCAGCCUGCUGAGUUUCAGCAGGCGGCUAAACAGUGAAAGAUUGGUUUUUGCAAUCAAGUGCUCACUUUCUCUAGGUCUUGCUGUGCUGUUUGGUUUGAUAUAUAACAAAGAGAACGGAUACUGGUCAGGACUAACCAUUGCAAUAAGUUUUGUAACAGGGCGACAAGCAACAUUUACAAUGGCUAAUGCCCGGGCACAGGGGACGGCAAUGGGAUCAGUAUAUGGAAUUCUAUGUUGCUUUAUUUUCCAAAAGCUCACGGAUUUAAGGUUCUUCCUUCUACUUCCUUGGAUCAUUUUCACCAGUUUUCUGAGGCAUAGUCGCAUGUACGGCCAAGCUGGUGGGAUUUCAGCGGUUAUAGGGGCAUUACUGAUCUUGGGAAGGAAAACUUAUGGCACUCCAAGCGAAUUCGCAAUUGCUAGAAUCACAGAGGCUACCAUUGGACUAAUCUGUUUCAUUACAGUGGAAAUUCUCUUGCAUCCAGCGAGAUCUGCUGCCCUAGCAAAAACAGAACUUUCAAGGACCAUAGGAGCACUUCAGGAUUGCUUUGAGGUAAUAGGUCUUUAUAACAGACAAAAGGAAAUUUCGAGGGAACCAAGAGAAAAGCUGAAGAAGCUGAACUAUCAUGUCAGUAAAUUGGAGAAUUUCAUCGCAGAGGCUGAGUUGGAGCCCAAUUUCUGGUUCCUGCCUUUUCACUGCAGUUGCUACAAUAAGCUUCUAAGGUCUCUAUCCAAAAUGGCAGAUUUAUUACCCUUUGCGAUCCAUCAAAUUGAAUUUCUCUCACAAGCAUCCCAGAGGUUGGGAAUUCAUUGGGAGGAGAUCCAAGAACAGAUUAACUAUGAUCUAGAACAUCUCAGGGACAAAAUUGGCUCUUUAGUGAAAUGCCUGGAUGAAGUGUUACUAAUCAAAUCCCUAGCAGAGCAUGAAAAUGAGUUGCAAAUGGAAAAUGCAUCCCAUGACCUUGGGUUGGGCAAAUCCGCAAAUGGCGACUUCUCUAUCCAUUUGAGGCCUGAAAGAAACAGCAUCGCCAAGAUUGUAUCGCCUUCUCUUCAACAUAUGAUGGAAGUUGCCAAUGAGAUUGAGGGUAAUGAAGUUGAAGAAAAGCUUAAGAGCCAACUGCUCGUCUGCCUGUGCAGCCUAGGGUUCUGCGUUAAUAAUAUGACGAGGGAAGCAAUAGAAACAGAGGGAACAAUUGGGGAACUACUGAAAUGGGUGUAUCCAGCAAGGCAUGUAAAUUUGCAUGAACUGUUACCUAAGCUCAAAUAACUAGGGGGUGGCUUUGCAGCAACCUAGCUACCCACAAUCUCAUGUACAAAAAAAGGCACUUGAUCCUCAAUUUAUAUCACCAUAAUGCAAAAGCAUUUUUUUUCUUUGUUUUUCCUCUGUAACUGGAUAAGAGAGAGAGGCUUCUCACAAUCUAUUAUGUAUACUUAUCAUGCAGGAAUCAGUGCAAUUUACCGAAUUCUUCAGGAAUUAUCUGUUUCCUUAAGGCUGUAUUUGAAACAGCAUGGACCAAAUGAUCAACAACCACCCUCCAUUACAAUGCCACCACCACUUUCAGCUCCAAGACGUUAGCUGCAUUUCCA